AUUAUUAUUAUUUAGUUUUUUUUUUAAAUCUAUAUAUUAAAUGACCUGAAUAUUGUUUAAUUCCUGUGGAAUCACUAACACUUGAGGACUUUACAAACAUGCAGCUGUUGGGGAUUUCGCUGCUCCUGUUUUAUCUGCUCUACUGUAACCUGGCCAGCGACUUCAUCCACCACAGCGACGACUAUGACGACGAGGAGGAGGACGAUGACGAGGAGUACAGGCACGAGCAGAUGCACGAGCCGGACUUCCCACCGAAGCCGGACAUGGAGGAGAAGCUGCGUUCGGCUUCCACCGUUGAUGAACUGAUGAGUCUCAUCUACCCGUCGUACUGGGCCGCUCUCAAGUGCAGAUCCAAGCUCUCUGCUGCCGGAGCCGCGUCCAGCUCCAGGCACCCGCAGCGGCCACAGGCUCGCCACGCGAGGCCGCUGUCCUACACCGACGAGCCCACGUUCGCCGCCGCCUUCCUCAACUUGGACAUUUUAAAAAGUAUAGAGUCAGAGUGGAGGAAGACUCACUGCAUGCCCAGGGAAGUGUGUGUCGACGUGGGCAGGGAGUUUGGCGCUCCCACCAACAUCUUCUAUAAACCGCCCUGUGUGUCCGUCCACAGAUGUGGAGGAUGCUGCCACUCUGAGGACAAACAGUGCAGGAACAUCUCCACUGGCUUCGUCAGCAAAACCCUGUUCGAGAUCACGGUGCCGCUCACACAGGGCACCCGGCCAGUGACCAUCAGUGUGGCCAACCACACGCAGUGCCGCUGCCUGUCCAAGCUCGACGUCUACAAGCAAGUCCACAGCAUCAUCAGGAGAGCACUGCCCGAGUGUCCAAUAACCAACAGGACGUGUCCUCCUGGUCAGGUUUGGAGCAGCAGACUGUGUUGGUGUGUUAGCAUAGCAGCCAACAUUCACCACAGCACGCCUCCACCACCGCUCCCGCCUCCGAGGUCGUCCAAACAGCAGCGAGACGUAUUCUCGGCAGACGUGUGCAGCGCAGAGAAGGAGCUGGACAUGGAGAGCUGCCAGUGCGUGUGUCGCCGCGGCGAUCCAACUCAGGACUGCGGCCCAAACCGACAUUUCGACCGUGCCACCUGCCAGUGCGCGUGUAACGUCCCGCCCACUCCGUCCUGCCCACACAACCACGUCUUCAACAGGGACACCUGUCAGUGCACGUGCACAAAGACGUGUCCACGGCACCAGCCCCUCAACAGGACAACGUGUUCCUGUGAAUGUAACGAGUCCCCCAACAAGUGCUUCUUAAAAGGACGGAGGUUCCAUCAAGCUACAUGCAGUUGUCUCAGGCCUCCCUGCGAGGUCAGGAGGCGAAGGUGUGAACCAGGAUUCUUCUUCAGCGAGGAGGUGUGUCGCUGCGUACCGUCUCACUGGAGACGACUGGACUAACGCACGCUGAGCUAACGAGACGCUAAUUAGCAGAUAAGGAACUUCACGAGUUUCCCCCGUCGGCUGUGACGAUGGCAGCUAAAGUGUGCGGACGCUGGUGACCUUGGGGGAAAUUUUCUGAGUGAUUUGAGGGCGUGGAAGAGAAAACUGCGGAGAUUUGAAGGCGGGAAAUGCACUGACAUUUUUAACCAGAGCGAGCGAGAGAGAGCGAGCGAUCCUGGAGGCCGGGAACUGAAGGAAAGACUGGAAAUACGUCAACACUCGACACUUGUUUUUAAAAUAUUGUCAAAAUAAUUUGUUUUAAAAAUAUUUUUGGA